GCUCGGUGCGGUGCGGUGCGGUGAUCACCAGCGUUGUCACCGCUCGGUUGCGUGAUCCAUCUCGAGCCGGGAGCGGGCGUGAGCUCCGUCGUGUGUACGUGUGUGUUCGUAUAUGUGUAUGUGUGUGUGUGUGUGUGUGCAUGUGUGCGUGCAUCGUCCGUCUCGUUGACCGGCGUGAUAAGGAUCCGCGCGGGUCUUGUCAGAGUUCGUCGGACCUGACGUGCGAACGUCUCGCGAUCUGAUGAAAGAGUGAGAGGAAGAAAAACUCGAGUGGGAGGGGCGAGAGGUACGCUCCGCUGCCCGCUGCAGUUCCUGCCAGUUCCGAUCCGGCGAUGCCCUGUAUAAGCGUGCCGCUACCACGCUCACCGUCCACCUUCGCGCGGCGUUGAUUCAGAGCGAGAAGCGGCAUCCAGGAGCGUCUUUCUCACGCGAGAAGUCACAUACACACGAACGCGACGGAGUCGCGAGCGACUUGUCUCUGCUCCUUUCCCGGCUACUGGGACGAUCCGUCAUAUCUCCGAGCUCCGAGUUCUAGCACGCGACCGUUUCCUCUCUCUCAUUUUUUCUCUACCUCUGUCUCUCUCACACGCACGCACACGCACACGCGUACACACCUCGCGGCAACAGCCAGGUGCGCGUGCACUCGCAAAAUCACGGCCAACGUCGACAGGAUGAACUACGGGGACAUGUCGAACGUUGAUCCUCCUGCCAGGAAUUUGCGAAGGAUCGCCCGGCACGACGAGCCGGAGUUCAGCAAUGCUAGCAUUCUGAACAGCAUGGAGAAAUUCGUGCGCACCGUAAGUGAGAUGGAGGACACUAUCCUGGUGCCUAGCCGCCUGCUGGAUCUAUCCGUGGGUGACGCUGGUGAUACGAUGUGCAUGAAGGGCAAACGUGGCAGCACGAUAAAGGACAGCUUGGCCAACACCGAUCUGUACCGCCUCUACAACAUCAUCAAUCAGAUAAAGAUCGAGCUGUUGUGGUCGCAGGAGCCCACCGUGACAGAUGAUCAGACGCCGAUCAAGAGCCAUCCGGUCGGUAGCCCAUCCGCCGAGCUGGCGCACCAUCAUCCGGCAGUUAUGAACGGUGGCAGACUCGGCCACGUACGUUGUCCCAGCACUACGUCGAUGCAGAGCGUGCAGAGCGCGUCCUCGAUCGCUUGGACCUCCGACUCGGACUCCGAAAACGGCAUCGAGAUCGAUAGUGGCCUGGAGGGUGAGGAGUGCGUGGACCUGGCGAGUAUCGCCGCCGAGAACUUUAAGCGUCAUCUGCGCGGACUUCACAGUAGCAUCGCUCGUAUGACAGAGGCUGCGGAGUAUCUAACGUUGCGGUAUCAGGCUGACGUCGGCGGGCAGGUCUGAUUCGCCGUCUGUAUCAUUAUCACCGUCGUCAUCGCCGCCGCCGCCUGUGCAUCAUCGAUCGUCAUCGUGUCAGUUGGUUCCGCGAACAGAUCUCGCGUCCUUGCCUCGUAAUCAAUCUCAUCGACACUCAAUUUCCUGAGAUUCGACAGAGUUUCAGGAAGUGCUAAUCGCAAGGGACUUCAGCGAAUCGCAAUGGGAAUCACUUCCCAUUGAGGUAACCCGCUAUCGAUCUGUUAUUUUACCAUACACCUCUCUGCGAUUGAAGUACGCUGUCCAUACGCUCAGUUUAUGAUAAAAUUACGUUUCGGUAAUGUAUUCAGGAGACGCACUAUGAGACAAUACAUUGUCGUCAAAUAUGUAGAAUUCUGUGUAAAUAAAUUAUAAGUUCUCAAAGUCUAUGAGAAUUGGGAAUAUGAGAUAAGAUAACUCAAGAUUCGCGUUAUUUCUGGCGUUAUGAGAACAGAGAAGAUAACGUUUGGUUCUGUUCCACUUUUAAUAAUAGCUUUCACACCGGCAUUUCGAAUUCAUUUGAAUGAAAUGAGAAAAAUCUAAAAUCAGGAACCGAAGUGAUUAAAUAUAACAUUUUUUCGUAGUUUUAUUGCGUAUGGAGCAUUAUUGUGUUUCUAUAGAAUUAGAUGUAUGCAUGUGUGUGUGUCGAUCAUAGAAGAUACGAGGAAGAUGAUAAAAUAAAAAUAUUGUAUGUGAAAGACACAUUUUAGCGCAAGAAUUAUGUAGUUUAGAUCACUCUUACCUGCGUCACAUCCUAGAUUGCAUUUUCUCAUACAAUUUUCUUUCGAUGAAGCAUCGCGUUGUUAAGAAUAAUUCUUUACUUUAUGCUAUUUAUUAUUUUUUACUUUUAUGUUUAAAGAAUUAAAAUUAAAUUGGCUAUUUUAUUUCAUGUUUGCAGAACGAAUAAAAUUAGGAAAUGUAGAUUUCCCAUCAAUGCAAAACUGUUAACAAAUACGAAAAAUUAUUAAAACAAUUUUUAAGAAAAAUAAUCUAUAAAGUAAAGUUUGGCAUUUUAUUAUUUUAUGAAUAUGUACAUAUUUAUUUAUUUAAAUGCUGUCGUAUAUAGCAGGUUACUUUUUAGAUAAAUGAUAUACCGAUAUCUCAAAGUUAUAAAAUACAAAAAUAUUGUUAAAUAUUUGGACAUCUUUAAAAACUAUUUGUAAAUUACAUGAAAAGAAAUCACAGAUAGAGUUGAAAUAGUUCGUGUAUAUAUUAUUGUUGAAUGUUAUUUUAUAACAUACGCGAUUUAUUGUAACAUAAGUCAUGACUAGUGGUUUGUAAUGGAAGUACCGAAUUACCUCUGAAUUAUUGUAAAUAUUGCUACAUCGAAAGAACGAAUGCAUUUUGGACAUAACAGCUGAGUAAGAUUGUACAAACUAUAUGUCUUGGAAUUGUCAUGUAUAUCUGCGGUAGAAGCUGUCGCAUCAGUUUCGCUAAAAUGUCCCCUUUCUCUCCACUUUAGAGUUUCGAUUUCGUGAGUGAAUUAUUAAUGUUAUUGAAUUGUAUUCGAUAACAGUGGCGGCGAUCGACAUUAGUAUGUAUGUAUAUAUAUCUAUAUAUGUAUACAUAUAUACUUAGCGUUCUAUUAUUAUUUAUUUCUACGUAAGGUUAACAAAGGUAUAAUGUUUAAUUAUUAAGUUGCGCGAGUUGUGAAUAUAUUCGUUCACAAUAAAUCGUUUUUAAAUCGUAGAUAGAAAAGAACGACACAUUAUGGUUGAUGCGCAGGUAUUUACAAGCAGAUAGAAUUUGAAACGCUAUCUAGAAUUUGUAUAAUCUACGUUUGCAGUAUAUAGAGCCGGUGAGAUGCUUUCCCGACGCGUCGAUCAUUGCAAUCCGAAUGAUUAUUGAUCUUGCGCAUCGGAUUUGUAUAAUUUGCAGUUAAGGAUUUUUUUUUAAACUUUUAAGUUUUAAAUUAAAAAAUAGAGAAAGAUAAAAAAAAAUAUAGCGAAAAAUUGUUACUAUUAUAACGAUUUUCGAACAACACAAAUUAUUUCUAAUAAAUGGUAUAAUUUUUAAAAGAAAGUAUAUAUAUAUUUCUGUUUUGAUACACUGUAUACUCUGGUAUAUUUACAUUUGUGAUUCGAUUUUGUGUUUUUCUUUUGUAUAUAUUUUAUGUGUAAAUACAAAGAUACGUAAAAUAAAUUAUAGGUAUGGUGCCAUAUCUGUUGAAACAUUUCUGUUUCAAUGUAAUUUGCAUUCGUGAGCCGUAUUCGCAAAGUUGUGGAAACCUUAAACAAAGUGAAAUAAAUAAAUAAAUAAAUAAAACUACAAUUUGAAACUUUACUGCGUCACUGAUUUAAAAAAAAAAGAUCUUUUUCAUGUAUUUUUUUCGUCUUCUUUUUGGAGUAAAAGGAAAGCGCUUUAGAAAAGGUUUUCAAAACAUUUAAGCUUUUCAUAAUUAUGCAAUUGACUCGCUAUGCGUUAGAUGAAUUAAGUUAUGCUAAGGAUUAAGUUAUGCUAAGAAUGAUUUUUAUAUUCAUUCCAUAUCGUGUGAGUUAUAUACUUUUAUGAUUCUCUUAAGAUAUAGUACCUCAGGGGUUUUCAAAUAGUAGCACAUAUACAUGUAUUAAUGUAUCUGCUACUAUUUACAUAUCGGUGACCUAACUAAAAAAAUCAAAGAAUAUAGAAAUACAAUUAGAUCUUUGCGUAUCUUGAUGGCAAAUAGAAUAUUUGUCUACAUUGGUCGUAACUACAUAAAAUAGUUAAAGUUUAAUAAGUAUUUGAGAGUCCCUGAGAUUGUAUAAAUUAUGAUUGCUAUUAAUUAUGGAUCAUAAUUAAUAUGUAACGUAGUAACGUAAUCUAAAAAAUUCUAAAAUAAUUCUAAAAGUUAGAAUACAAGUACCGUGCUGCGAUAAUGAUUCACUCUUCAUGUACAAUUGGAAUCGUUACUAAGAUUGGCGGCGUUAAUUAGAUUAAUAAAAAAAUAUUUGAUACUUGAAUGCAAUUUACGGAAAGAAACGGAAGUGUCUAAUUGGAAUAUAAUCAGAGUUUUAUUAUUACACCGUUACGCGAAAUGAGAAAUUUAAUUAUUAUUCUCAAGAUUCUGAGAAGUGAGAAAUUUAAUUAUUACUCUCGAGAUUCUGAGAAAUGUGUAUGUGAAAGAGAAUCGCUUUAUAUAUUUACUGUCAAUACGAAACUUUUAUUCCGACAGUUCUUUAUUUGAAUAACUAUAAUUGCAUUGGGAACGAUGCACUUGAAAUCCUUGUGUAAUAUACAAGAUAUUCGCUACGCAAUCGAAAUAUUGUGCACAAUAUUUUGUGCUUUCUCAUUUUAUGCGCUAUGAUAAUUAGAUAUUGAUUCAAAUUUUAGCGAAAAAUGUUUAAUAAUCAUCCUAAAAUAUUAAGACGUACGCGUAAAUCCAUAUUUUAAUUUGGAUCCUUUAGGUUCACAUAAAUGUGUUUAGUUUCAUCAGAAUUGGAUGGUUGGCAGCGAAUUGCCUUGAUUUUAUAUUGCGAUAAAUGCAAUGCUGUUGAAAUAGCUCAAUUUCAGCGAAACGCACGCUGGCUUUGAUAGAUACCAAUAUUGAGGUGUGUAAAUUAAAUGUGCGCACUUUAUGGAUCUUUGGGAUACUUGUACGUUAUUUGUAAAACAUUUGCGCACUUGUAUAAUCUUCUAAAUAAUAAAUUAAUAAAUUAAUUACUUCCA